CGACAAAAUUUUCCUAUUUUGGUUUCAGUGUUUUCCUCUAAAUAUGACAAAAAUUGAAAUGAGAAAGCAGUAUCCCAUGUUCUGAAGUUUAAUUUCAGGUAUUUCAAAGUAGAGUAGAGUUCAGGUGCUGAUUUAAAAAUCAAAAAUGGAAUCUUUGCUUAUUGGGUCUUUACAUAGACCAUCAAUUCCAGUUGCUGCAGAGUUUUCUCCACUCAAAACCAGUUCACAUGCAAUAGUACGGGUUUUGAAAUGUAAAGCAUGGAAGAGACCACAAAAGCACUAUUCCACUUCUAUGAAGUUGCAGCGGCAGUAUAUCACGCAAGAGCAUGUUGGAGGAAGUGAUCUAAGCACUAUUGCUGCUGAUAAAAAACUUAAAGGGAGGUUUCUGGUGCAUGCAUCAUCUGAACACCCUCUCGAAUCUCAACCUUCUAAGAGUCCUUGGGACUCAGUGCAUGAUGCUGUAGAUGCUUUCUACAGGUUCUCGCGGCCCCAUACCAUAGUAGGAACAGCAUUGAGCAUAAUUUCAGUUUCUCUCCUUGCAGUUGAGAAGUUCUCUGAUUUUUCUCCAUUAUUUUUCACUGGGGUGUUAAAGGCCAUUGUUGCUGCCCUAUUCAUGAACAUUUACAUAGUUGGUUUAAACCAGUUGUCUGAUAUCGAAAUAGACAAGGUAAACAAGCCAUAUCUUCCAUUGGCAUCAGGGGAAUACUCUGUACAAACUGGAGUGAUUGUUGUGUCAUCUUUUGCCAUUUUGAGUUUUUGGCUUGGAUGGAUCGUUGGUUCCUGGCCUUUAUUUUGGGCUCUUUUCAUCAGUUUUGUACUGGGAACUACCUAUUCAAUAAAUCUACCACUUUUGAGAUGGAAGAGAUUUGCUGUGGUUGCUGCAAUGUGCAUCUUUGCUGUACGAGCGGUGAUAGUUCAGAUAGCUUUUUAUUUGCAUAUUCAGACUUAUGUAUACAGAAGACCAGCUGUCCUUUCAAGACCUUUAAUAUUUGCAACAGCAUUUAUGAGUUUUUUCUCAGUUGUUAUAGCAUUAUUCAAGGACAUACCUGAUAUUGUUGGUGACAAGAUCUUUGGAAUUCAAUCUUUUACUGUCCGCUUGGGUCAAGAGAGGGUGUUUUGGAUUUGUAUUGGUCUACUUGAAAUGGCUUAUCUUGUUGCCAUCGUAGUGGGUGCAGCAUCUUCCAACACCUGGAGCAAAUAUUUUACUAUUCUGGGUCAUGCUGCUUUGGCUCUUUUACUUUGGACUCGAGCCAAAUCAGUUGACUUCAGAAGCAAAGCAGCAAUAACAUCCUUUUACAUGUUCAUAUGGAAGCUUUUCUAUGCAGAGUAUUUGCUCAUACCGCUAGUGAGGUGAAUGUACAAGCCUCUCACCUUUCACUGGAAGUGGUAAAAUUAUCUGGCAGCUUGUCAAUUCUCCUAGAUUUUGAAAAUUAUUCUAAUUCUGGUAAAUGUAAUUUUGGGUCAAUAAAUUGUACCUAAUUGUGUUUUGCAUUUUAUCAGAUUAACUGUUUAUCAUUA